UAAAAGCAACUUUGAUACAUCUUUUGACUUCCAUAACUCAUCUCUGCAUGGUGCCCUGAAGCGAAUAGCAUCAAGCUAGCCAUAAUGAGCUACACCACUUCCGGAGGGCAAGUUGAAUCUUUCCACAAGUGACGUCCUGUUUUAAAAAAACUACCCCCGUUUCCGGUGUUGUUGUUGCUUACCCCGGGAGUUUGACACUCGUCCCCAGAGUGUGACUGCUGACACUCCUCUCAGCAUGGAAAACACACCUCGGUCCAGGCUUCCCCUCUGAAGAAACCUUCCACAACUUAAACUUCGGAUUAUGGAUUCCUCCACAAACAGUUUGGACGAUGCGUCAGCAGACGGCAGCGCUGAGUUCCCAGACCGAGCUUCCGUGAUGGAGGUGCGUCUGCAGGCGCAGGAGGAUGAGAUCACGCUGCUGAAGUCCUCAUUGGCUGAUGCCCUGCGCAGGAUCCGCCUCCAUGACCAGCUUUUACCAUUACUGAAACAGCAGCUCAUUGCAGUGAACCCAGCUUCUGCUCGAGUGCUGAACCAGGUGUGCUGCUCAGACGGUUCCCCCGGCAGCAGGAAGCUGUCCUCCAGCUCAGCCUAUGACGUGACCCCACACCCUGCGACCAGCGAGCUGUCAGACAGCGUUGUGACCAAAGCCAACGGCCACAUAGGAAGCCCAGUGUCCCUGAAGCAAAGACCCAGAGCAGCCACACUGGACAGGUGGACCCAGACAGAGCCCCCCCUCCCUGGGCAGGACACUUGGCAGGACAGGGUCCCUCUCCACAGGCGAGUCCAGAGCCUGCAGCUGGAGGACGCCCUACCUUCAGGGCAGCCUGCGGUGGAGGGGACGCGGGCCAAGCUCCACCGGGUCCCCGGCUUGGAAGAGGAGGAUGAAGAGCAGGAGGAAGAUGAAGAAGGAGGGGAGCUGAGUUGGACGUCGUCAGUGGAGGAGCCCAUCCAGCCCACCACCAUCAGAGGCCUGCAGAGGGACGACUUCCAGGAUGGAAGCUGCUCUCCAGAGGAGCUAGGCUCUCCCUCAGGGUCGCUCAGAACCUCAGAGCAGAACCUCAGCGCCCCCCGCUCAGCCCCCCUCACCCCCAUCCACGAAGGAGAGAAGAAAAAGCUGGUUCGUAGGAACAGCGAAAAACUGGUAAACCCGGAGAAGCAGAGGAAACGUCUGGACAAGAAGGCAGCGUCCUCUGCAAACCUCCUCAUCCGCUCCUCCAGCCUGGAGAAUCGCGCGAAGGAGAUGGUCGCCAGUACAGGAUCCUCCCCCGGGUCCAGAAGAGGAACCUACAACCAAGAACAGUCGAUCAAAAUGUUCAUCCGGGGCCGGCCCAUAACCAUGUACAUCCCCUCCAACAUCCUGAACUAUGAAGACCUGAAGAUGGAGCCGCCCUCUGAGAGGCUGGAGCUGGACUGGGUCUAUGGCUACCGUGGUCGGGACUGCCGUGCCAACCUGUACUUCCUCCCGACGGGCGAGGCAGUGUACUUCAUCGCCUGUGUUGUUGUGCUCUACCACAUCAAGAACCGCACACAACGCCACUACACUAAUCACACAGACUGCGUCCGCUGUCUUACCCUCCACCCUGACAAGGUCCGUGUGGCGUCUGGACAGACAGCGGGGGUGGAUAAAGACGGCAAGCCCCUGCAGCCCUGUGUUUAUAUCUGGAACUCCACCACCCUGGACACCCUGCAGCAGAUCGGCCUGGGGACCUUCCAGAGGGGGGUGGGAUCCGUGGCAUUUUCCUUUGCUGACUCCGGAGCGUUCCUGUGUGUGAUUGACGACUCUAAUGAACACAUGAUGUCAGUGUGGGACUGCAGUAAGGGGACCAAGCAUGCAGAGGUCAAGAAUACCAACGAGGCUGUGUUCUCGGUGGAGUUUAACCUCAGCGACAGCUCCAACAUCAUCACCUGCGGGAAGUCCCACGUCUACUUCUGGACGCUCAGCGCAGGACAGUUCACCAAGAAGCAAGGCAUCUUCGGAAAACACAAGAAGCCGAAGUCAUCCAGUUGCUUUGUGUUCAGUCUGACCGGAGACGUUCUGACCGGAGACUCCGAGGGAAACAUACUGACGUGGGGAAAGUCAGCCGCAGACGUCAAAACGCUCGGAAAAGGAGCCAAAGAGACUUUGCAGAUCAUACGACAGACCCGCGCCCAUGAAGGCAGCGUGUUCACCCUGUGCACCCUGCAUGGGGGGGGUCUGCUCAGCGGGGGAGGGAAAGACCGUAAGAUCAUCCGCUGGAGUGCCGACCUGGCCCCCGAGAGAGAGUGUGAGAUUCCAGAAAACUACGGGGCAGUGCGUACCAUUGCAGAUGUUGAUGGGGAGGAACUAUUAGUUGGUACGACCCGUAAUGCCAUCCUCAGAGGCACCUUCUCAGACGGAUUUGUGGCCAUAGUGCAGGGUCAUGUAGACGAGAUGUGGGGGCUGGCUACACACCCCUCUCAGAACAUCUUCUUCACCUGCGGCCACGACAGGCAGGUGUGUUUGUGGAACACAGAGGAACACAAGCUGGACUGGUGCAUCACGCUGGAGGAGUAUGGGCUGUGUGCUGAUUUCUGCCCCAAUGGAUCAGUGGUUUCAGUCGGCCUCAACACAGGAAGGUGGCUGGCCCUCGACCUGCUGACCAGAGAGGUGGUCUUUGAGUCCACUGAUGGGAACGAGCAGCUGUCCGUCAUGAGAUACUCUCCAGAUGGAAGCUUUUUAGCUGUUGGCUCUCAUGACAACUUCAUCUACAUCUACAAUGUGACGGAGAGCGGCCGGCGCUACAUCCGCUCGGGGAAAUGUAAUGGUCACUCCAGCUUCAUAACUCACCUGGAUUGGUCCAAAGAUGGAAAGUACAUUAUGUCUAAUUCAGGCGACUACGAGAUCCUUUACUGGGACAUCGCAGCCGGCUGUAAACUGUUGAGGAAUCGCUUCGAGAGCAAAGACAGAGAAUGGGCCUCCUACACCUGUGUGCUGGGCUUCCAUGUGAUGGGUGUGUGGCUGGAGGGCUCUGACGGCACGGACAUCAACGCCCUGUGCCGCUCUCACAGUGAGAGGAUGGUGGCUGUGGCCGACGACUUCUGUAAGGUCCACCUCUUCCAGUACCCCUGCCCCAAACCCAAGGCACCGAGCCACAAGUACCGGGGCCACGGCAGCCACGUCACCAACGUGUGCUUCACCCACAGCGACUCCCACCUCCUCUCCAUGGGCGGGAAGGACACCUGCAUCCUCCAGUGGAGGGUGACGGGGGGCGGGGGGGUCGAGAGCAGGGAGAGACUGGCCUCGGUCUCGUCCACCUCCCCCUACACCAGCUCUCCGGAGCCCGGCACCAGCUAGGACGGCUAUGGGCUGUUAACAGUGACGGAGGGGGGGGUGUUUACACAGCCAGAGAGGCGUGAGAGUCAGCGGACAGCAGCCACACUUAGGGGCCUCCGCGGGGCCACAGCUGCCUCAGUUUCAUACAGAACAUGUAGAGCAGGGGUGUCCAAACUUCUUUCACUGAGGGCCACACGCAGAAAAAUAUACCAAGAGCUGAGAGGUGAGGUAAUUGCCUCAUAAGUAGAGUUAUAAGUUAGCAAAACCAAUCAAAUGUAGGUCAAUUAUUCUUAUUAAUUGAACAUGCUUAGAGAAAAAAAACAGCCUAUAUCACAGCUUUCCAUUAAUUAUUACCAUUUUGUUACAAAAAGGUUUGGCAGGUCUGAAGCCUCACAUUGAUCUCCCUGCACAGCCCUGUAUUGAAGGGGGGACAAUAAGGGAAAAUAUGAAGGGUAUAUUUCAAGCUUGUUAUUCAAAUAACUUAUUGGGGCUGCUUUUCUAUCAACUAAGAUUUGUUAGAACAAUUUAUCAACUUUAAAUGACUGAAUAUAUUGAGAAAUUGGGCUAAUUAACACAUGAAUACUGUGUUAUAUUUGUUUACAUAUAUUUAAGAAGUAUCAGGUAGGGGCCAUAUUCCAUUAGAAUGAGCUGAGGUCCAAUUAGAAAUGGACCCAGGGCCACAGUUGGGCCCCGGGCUGUAGUUUGGACACCCCUGAUGGAGGAAUGUUCACAUCACAUUUACACUCACUCCAUAAUCAUGUAAAUCCUCGUACACUGGACGGUUGUGACUCCUCCCUGAACACAGUCUGUGGGGAGGAUCAUCACGUGUGUUACAGAACACGGCUUCUACGGUGACAAACACUUUGGUUUCAGUGAACAUUCCUGCAUUUUAGUCCAUCUCAUUUAUCAAACUUACCAAAGUGCUGCAUCGUUUCCUACACAAUCGUGCCUUAAAGAUGUUUGCAUAAUGAUUUUACAUAUUUUGUAAUAUUUCAACCAGUGUUUGGUUGACAUCUCAGCUUAGCUAAUAUUGAAGACGCUUGCAUAAACAGACUGUGACAAACACCAUACCAAUCCUGACUAAUUAAUAUCUCUAACAGUAGAUCAGUACACUUGACAAAUGAUUACUUAAGUACAGUUUUAUAUAUUUAAGAGAACAUUGGGAAUACUGUGAUGUUGUACCUGCCAAGCUCCCAAUAAAUAACUGAAGACUGGA